AUCAGGGAGCGCGAAAGAGAAGGGCAGCGCGGCCUUCAUUACUAGGGGCAACGCAUUCACUGACAGAUCAAUAACGGACGACAGAAUUCGCCUGUUCUUCACCCCUCUCUGAGUAAACCGACCUCGGAUAGGCAGAAUCAGAAAGGGACAAACGGACAGGGGGAGAGGAGGAGACAGACAGGAAAAAAACAAAGAUGGCAGUGUAGAUUAAGGGAAGGACUAUCGAAGAGACUCUGCAUCAAACUGAUAACUUUUAGGCUUUCGGGCGAAUCCGGAUCGUGUCGGAGUGGUUCGGUUGUGAUCGGAAGGUGGACCGGAGGGGAAGAGCCCGGCCGGGUCGCGGAGAGUCGCUGUGCGCGUGCUGUCACGGCGGAUAACGGCACUAAACAACAGCCUGUUGUUUUGUUGAGUCUUAGCUGUUUUUUCUCUCUCUCUUCACAAGCUGAGAGCUGAAGCUUACCUGAGAUCUAUCCAAAAAUACAGGCAUUCAUAUCCCCCAUCAUUACAGGCCAAGUAGCUUGAAAAAUCCUGGAAAUCUCACCCUGACAAUCAGCGGAUCCUGUUGUUCGGCCAGCCCAAAUAUCCCCUGUGACUCAUUCGGAUGUCUUCGAUGGAAGAGCGGAUGGAAUUAGGCGUCGCGGCCGCCCCGGGCUCCUCAUCAUCGGGUCUGGGUGUCGGUCCUGUGGGGGGCGCCCUGGAUGCUGGCCCGGGGAGCGCAGGACUGGCAGGUAUCCAGGAGGAGUCCGGCGUGCGGAGAGACGGUUCGGGUUCCGAGGCCGACCCGGACGCGCCGCCCAAGAAGCGCGUGAGGCAGCAGGAAGGAGAAGCGGGGAAGCUCGAGGAGCGCCUGUACUCGGUGCUGUGCUGCACGGUGUGUCUAGACCUGCCUAAAGCCUCGGUGUACCAGUGUACAAAUGGGCACCUGAUGUGCACAGGCUGCUUCAUUCACCUGCUUGCUGAUGCGCGUCUAAAAGAGGAGCAGGCCACGUGUCCCAACUGCCGCUGUGAGAUCAGUAAGAGUCUGUGUUGUAGGAACCUGGCAGUAGAGAAAGCCGUGAGUGAACUGCCCUCUGAGUGCAGCUACUGCCUCAAACAGUUCCCUCGCUCCAGCCUCGAGCGCCAUCAAACAGAGGAGUGCCAGGACAGAGUGACGCAGUGCAAGUACAAGCGGAUUGGCUGCCCGUGGCAGGGGCCAUUCCAUGAGCUCAGCGCCCAUGAGGCAGAGUGUUCCCACCCAUCCAAAACCGGCAUGGAGCUGAUGGGCAUCCUGGACGAGAUGGACCAGAGCCAUCGCAGAGAGCUACAGCUCUACAACAGCAUCUUCAGCCUGCUGUGCUUUGAGAAGAUCGGUUUUACAGAGGUGCAGUUCCGGCCGUACCGCACCGACGACUUCAUCACGCGACUGUACUACGAGACACCACGCUUCACAGUGCUAAACCAGACCUGGGUGCUGAAGGGGCGGGUCAAUGACUCGGAGCGCAACCCCAACCUGUCCUGCAAACGCACGCUCUCCUUCCAGCUCAUCCUGAAGAGCAAAGUGAACUCUGCACUGGAGUGCUCCUUCCUGCUCCUGAAGGGCCCGUACGAUGAUGUGAAAAUCAAACCCGUCAUCCAGCACCACGUCUUCUCCAACGACGCCAACGAAACCGAGUACGCCCUGCUGCCCAUCAACGACAGCGUGGAGUGCAACAAGCUGCUGGCUGCCAAAAACAUCAACCUCCGCCUCUUCAUCUUUCAGAUCCAGAAAUAGAGGCACGAGACGACGGGAUGGAAGAAACGGAUCAGACGGCGGUAGGAGGAGGGGAUGGUGUGAACAAAGGAAAAGCGAAAGAGGGGAAAUGAGCACCACUGAACCACAGAUACCUCUACAGGAGCAAAAGAAGGAUGAAUACGGCCCAUCAGUACUGCAGUAGAUCGUUUGUUUGUGUGUGUGAGUGUGUGUUGUUGCUGUUAGCUUUCAGACCCUCUACAGACAAAAAAAGUCACCCCUGCUGAUGUCUCAUUGGCAGAGCAGGACAGGCCUGAAUGAACAACACCAAGGAUCUGGGACUGUAUUUGUGUGUUUUUUGGGCCUGUUUGUAUGAAUAUCAGUCAGUAAAGACCAACAGUAUGAGUGAUAUAAGGAACGAAGCUGAGCGAGUGCUAGAGAUAGAGACAGGUGUAGUGCAACCAAUCAUUCAGGCAGCGUUCAACUCUGCGUUUGUGUGUUUUCACAGUUUUCAGACCUUCCUCUCAAGGCUUACGCACACAGAUGCUGCGGCGCAGCGGCCGCGACUGCUUUAAGUGUAUUUUUGUAUAUGAAGGUGGCCAUUUUCAUUGAAGCGCAGCAGUACAGUUAAGAUGAACAAAAUGGCUGCUGAAAUCACAACCCGGAAGAUGCGAUUUGCAUGUUUUUAGUGUUCGAGUGUUCUCUUUGGAACACCCAAUUUUAGUUGCGUAGCAUCAUAGCCUUGUAAUCUAACUUAAGUUUGACCUUAUUAACACAUUUAUUUAAGAACCUGUGAAUCUUGCCUUUUUUCCCCCUCCUGUGAAUUGUUUUCCUCAUUAUCUGGCCCCGUUUAACCCCCCUGGAACAUUUCUCACAUCAUGAUGUCAGGUUAUAGAUAUUUAUAUUUAUUGCUUUUGUUUAACCUGCAUUAAUUAAUGAAGUAACAGACAUUUCUCACUCACUCAGCACUGCAAGACUGGAAAGAUCUGAUUGUGAGCCAUUUUUACAGACCCCUUCCCUUCUUCCACCCUCAUCCACAUAUAGGCACACAAAUUACCUUUCAUACCUUCAUUAAAAUUGCACAGACACACACACACACACACACACACAAAGCUGGGGGUUACAAAAGAGCCAAUGGGGUAAUCGGAUCUCAGUUCAGAUAAACGCGGCUGUGACUUAGUUUUGACAUACUUGAAUUCAUGAACGACAGAACAACAAACAGUUAAACUGAUCUGGCAGAGACUCACUUCUGAUUAGAGGAGUUUAUUUUAAACUGUUUCUGCAUUUAAGAGCUUUUAAUUCUCUCUUUGGCUGUAUAUGUGCCUUUCUAUUAAAGCUCAUUUAAACUUGUCACUGCUUUCUUUCUUGACUACUUGAGUUGACACUUGUUUUCCACUAGGAAACCUGUUAUUUUCUGAUAAAUGCAUGUUUAAAACAAUAAUUUACUGUAGGUCAACAUAUCACGCGGGUAACAGACCACGUGUUUUUUUUUUUUUUUUUAAAGGGACAAUUUACAUCCCAAAAAUAACAUUAUAUCAUCGUUUACGCACCCUC